AUGUUGCGACAAGAUCUGAUCAAAGCUCAAGAUCUGAGAUUAUUGUCAUCAGGAAUAUUAGGAAAUGUCAUUCAUGUUCGACACAAUCGUUCAUCGUUGUCAACAACAUUUAAAAUAUCAAAUGUGGAAUGGAAGAAUUUUAUAUUGAAAUUAAAGAACCGGCAAUUCAGCAGAUUUAGAAUAUUGACGACAUUUCUUAACGUCCACAUAAAUGCUGACCAAACCAACAAGAAGCUAACAGACAGUGCAACUAAAACGGAAACUUUUCGUGAUUUCAAGAUUAAGUUUCAUGGUCAAUGCAGUUGA